GUCUCGUCUGGUUGUGCACAUUUUUUUUUUUAGAGACUGGCGCGCGCUGUUCAAAACACAGAGAAGAAACGCGGGCAGAAGAGGCAGCAGAGCCGCCAGCAACUCAAACUUCCUACCAACAUUUAUUGUUUUAUGUAGCACGACAGAAACGUGUUCGGUGAGGUUUGAAAAUGAUGCCGACUACUUCCAGGAAGAGAAAGCUCUCCUCUCUGGACUCUGACAGUCACCCGGCCAAGAAGGGGGUGAGUGAGGAGAUGUCGCCAGUGAAGAGGAGAUCCCCCAGGAAGAAGCCAGUCGAGCGUCUGGACAAGGAGAAUUGUCCCUCGCCACUGAAAUCCCCACGUAGACCAGCAGACUCUCCAGCCAAAUCACCCCGUAAAUCUCCAUUCAAACCUUCCAUGGUUACAAGCUCCUUCUAUGGCAAGAAGAAGCCCGUCUAUCUCACUCCACUAGAGAGGAAGGCGAUAAAGGAGUCUCUACCAUCUCCUCCUCAUCUUACUUCCCCUCCUUCCCAGGAGAAAAAGAAAAAUAAGAAUAAGAAGAAUGUUAAAGGAAGCAGCAAGCCGAGAAAGGUUGCUGCAGGAUCUAGUAAUGCUGGGAAAAUGGGUAUCAAAAGCUAUGCAACAUCUUCAACGACGGUCAAGCUGCCUAAAGCUGACAGCAGUUUCACUGCUAAACCGGCAUCCACUACAACCACUGUUCCCGUCGGCAGCACCAAGCCAGCAGAGUCCAAGAAAGCAAUCACCAUCACUUUCAGCAGCCUGAAGCCCAAACCGAAGAUCUUUGUAGGAGCCGCUUUCUUCGGUACAGGGAAGAAACCUACGUCCAUGUACAAGAAAUCUGCACCAAAAUCCUCAACUAGGCCAGCUUCAGUCCCAGUGAAAAGCAAAGCUGUCCUGCCACAGACAAAGAAGCAGCAGCCACCCGCUCUGGUGAUGAACCAAGAGCAGAAACACCCUGAAGAGACUGCCGUCCAGCCGGUCGAGACAGAAGAGAAGCAGCCGAGCACCAAGCAGAGAGCAAAGUUUGAUCCGACAGACUGGAUGGACUCUGUUAACGAACAGCCUGAAACUCCGCAGCCAUUAAGCUCUCCUAAAAUGUUGACAGAGAAAUAUGGGAUUACCAAGGAGCUGAUGAUUGUGUUGACAAGGACCCCAACACCAAGUCCUGCUUCCAAAACCUUAUCCCUCAAGGAUGUUUCUCUGACAGACGGUGGCUCUGAGCCCAUCUUUGACCUGAGUGAUAUAAGUCCCACCAGUGCGGCUGCCAGCCCACCCAAAGAAUCUACAGCGGUGUAUCCCAUCUUUGGCUCUGCUUCCAAGAGGUUAAGGAAAGCUCUGCAGCCACCAGUGUCCUGCAGCACCCCCUCUGGCCAGACAACGUCACUGCAGGCUUCUUCUUUAGCCAAAGAGCGAACUGUUCGCAGGAGGAAAGAGAAACAGGAUGACGACCAGCUCAUUAUCGACGCAGGCCAGAAGCAGUUUGGAGCGACGACCUGCAGCUCAUGUGGGAUGGUGUACAGCGCAGACAAUCCAGAGGACAAUUUCCAACACACCCAGUUCCACCAGCGCUUCCUCGACUCCAUCAAAUUUGUGGGCUGGAAGAAGGAGCGGGUGGUGUCAGAGUUCUGGGAUGGAAAAAUUCUCCUAGUCAUGCCAGAUGAUCCCAAAUACGCCGUCAAAAAGGCUGAGGACGUGCGGCGUGUAGCGGACAACGAGUUAGGUUUCCAGCAGGUGACUCUGAGCCGACCCACACAGGCCAAGACCUACCUCUUCAUCAACACAGAGCGCAUGGUGGUGGGAUGUCUCGUGGCUGAACCGAUACGUCAGGCUUACAGAGUCCUCGAGCAGCCCGAUCGACACAAAGACAUGACGAAGGACGACUUCAUGGAGCGACACAGAGCCUGGUGCUGCUCCACCGUCCCAGAACAAGCUCUGUGUGGGAUCAGUCGGAUCUGGGUCUUCAGUCUGGCCAGACGACAGGGCAUCGCAUCCCGCAUGCUGGACAUCGUCAGGAGCACCUUCAUGUACGGCAGUCAUCUAACCAAGGAAGAAAUCGCCUUCUCUGACCCGACACCUGACGGCAAGCUGUUCGCAACUAAGUACUGCAACACACCAACCUUCCUUGUUUACAACUUCGUUGCAUGAAGUUUGUAAACAAUUUAACCAAAUGCAUGGAUUAAAGAUGCAUUACCGAUUUUAACUGACGCGUUGAACUGUAAGUAUCACAGAUUAACAGAUCUUCAGGCAACUGUUAAGGUUUUAUUUUUAUGUUGACUAGGCCAUGCUUCAGUUUGUAUUGAGUGUGCGUAAGCUUCGGUUGUAUAAUUAUAAUACAUUCUGUGUUCAGGAUUAAGUAGGUCUCAGGGUUUUGAAGGUUCAUGAUACACCUGUUGUCACUCAGUAUUUAUACUUGGUACUGCUUAAUGUUGUGUGUAUAUUGGCAGUGCGUUCUGUUCAGAUGUUUAUAUUCUGCUUGAAACUGCAGCAACUGAAAAUAUUUCAUAUUACUGAAUAUACCCGCAUAGCUCGCUUUGAUUCAUCUUGAAUUGAAGGAUUUGUUGUGAUCAUUUUGACUUUAGAAUCAAAGAGAACUAGAAGCUUCCUCCGAUACGUUCAUUUAAAUGUUCUGGGGUUUUUUCAUACUACCAGCUCGAUGUUUUUUGGGACAUUUUGGAAGGAAAAUAUGUUGAUAGACCUGUUGAAAUGUGCAUCCCAUCAUUGUUUAGGGGUAUUAUACCUUGUAAAUACAUUAAACAUAUUGCCUUUG